GUUAUUACUGUCACCUAACGGCUGCUGAAGGAGAAUUAAAAAAAUGGAAUCCUUAACCGAUGAUGUACUCAUUCGCAUACUGAGCUAUUUAGAUAUUAAUUCGCAACAAAUCAUGUUAAAUUUGCAUCCACGCUUCUUCAAUUUGAUGCCGAUUGUCUGGAUCUCACAGUAUAAAAAAGUCAAGAUGUCUUUAUUCGAAGCAAAAUUUUCCAUCGACGACUUGCGAUAUUUCUUUAAAAGCAUUUCCAAAACAGUCCAAGUGAUGCAUCUGAGAAUGAUGUCUGCGGAGCAAUAUAUGGUGCUCCUUGAGUUCAUUUUUCCAAAAGUUUAUGAUUUUCGGUUUGCAACUGUGCCAAGUAGAUUGCUUUCCGAUUCGGAUAUACCAAAAUUGAUCAUGACGUUUCCAAAUUUAAAAGAAUUUAGUCCUCAAGGGAGUUUUUCGGGCAGAUAUUUUACCGAUUUCCCAUUAUUAGAGCGCCUAACAUUGACUUAUUGCCAGCACUUCAGCGUUGAAAAUCUGGCAAACGUUAUGAAAGUACGUAAAUUAAAAGAAAUCAAGCUUUGUCUUUUUGAUCGCAUGACUAUCCAAAAGAAUCCUAUAUGUCUGCCCGCAGACUCAUUGGCUAAUCUCGAGUCUAUUAAAGUGGAAAUUGAUGAGUUGCCGUGGUUUGAAGACCACUUGGAAACACUUGAUUGCCUUAGCGAGCUGACCAUUUCUGGUCCUGGACUUAUGGGCAUACUUCCUGUACUAUGCCGCAAGCUGGGCUCUAUAACUGAAAAGCAUCAUUUCAAAAUAUUGGAAACAUGCAACACCACUGACACGCUGUGCACUGUAAUUGAAUCAAAGCUACGCGUGGAUAAACUAAAAAUCGUUACAGAUAAUUAUCUAUUGGAAGACUUGGGCUACUUUUCGCCCAGUUGCUUUGAAUAUCUAAAUCAAUUGUUUUUUAAAAGCUGUUGUAUUCAAGAAAAGAGAUAUUUUAACAAUCUUAUGCACAACAUUGCAAACAUCGAGCUUGUUAGCUUUGAGCAAUGUGUUUUUACAUUUGAUAACUAUCAAUUUAUCGCAGCUAAAAUAGGUGAGAAGCGUAAAAAGCUUUUACAGGUCAAUUUAUUCCAAAAUACUUGUGUUUGUACUAGAAAACCUUGGAUAUAUUCUAAAAUCGGUGAACAUCCUUUACUGGAAUUCAUCGAGGGCAAAAACUAUGAUUACACAUUUGAACCCAUUUACAUGACAUUCAAUUAAACAUAGAAUACCUAU